UUCAAUCAUCACAUUUCAACCAGUGAUAAAUCAAGUAAUCAAAUCACUUUCAAACAACAAAGUUUUAUUUUAUUUCAUAUUAAUAUUCAGCAAACAAGAUUUUUUCAAAUAAUUAUUAAUCAAUGUUUAACAAGUGACAAAAAAAUCACACAAAAGACAAACACAGAAAUAGAGAAGAUUAAAUACAAAAAACGAAAAAAAAAAAAAUUCAUCAUCAAAACAUCAACAACAUUCAAUAUUUGUGGACCAAAUUGUAUAUUUUGUGUUUGAUUAAAUUAUCAUUAUUUGUGAAACAAAAGGCAAAAAAAAAUGUUACUAAAUAAUCUGGAUGAUUAUAUGAAAAAAUAUCCGAAUAAACGACCGGAUAUUAUUCAACAAUAUGGUACGGCUGGUUUUCGGAACAAAGCUGAUACAUUAUUUCAUGUAACAUUUCGAUCCGGUAUUCUGGCAACGUUACGUUCACGAUCUACCAAUGGUAUUAUUGGUGUAAUGAUAACGGCAUCCCAUAAUCCUGAAGAAGAUAAUGGCCUUAAAAUUAUUGAACCCGAUGGAUCAAUGUUGGAACAAUCAUGGGAAAAAUUAGCAACAAAAAUUGCUAAUAUUCCGGAUGAUAAUCUUGAACAAUGCAUUGCCGAUAUGGUUAAAGAAUUAAACAUAAACCUUAAAGAUACCGUGGCUAAAGUCUAUCUUGCACGUGAUACAAGAAAAAGUAGCCCAUCAUUAAGUAUUGCAUUAAUGGAUGGAAUCAAAGCUUGUCAUGGUGAAUUUCAGGACUUUGGAUUGCUUACAACACCACAAUUACAUUAUAUUGUACGAUGUGCAAAUUCCAAUGGUCAAUAUGGUGAACCAAGUGAAAAAGGUUAUUAUGAAAAAUUAAGUCAUGCAUUUCUUCGAUUAACCGAACAUUCAAAACAACAAAAACUUCAUCUAAUUGUUGAUUGUGCUAAUGGAGUUGGUGCCCAAAAAAUGAAAUUGAUGGCUCCAUAUCUUAUAGAAAAAAUUACAUUCGAUUUGAUAAACAUUGGUGAUGGUACACUUAAUCUUGGCUGUGGUGCCGAUUUUGUCAAAGUUAAUCAACGACAACCUGAUUCAAUCGAAUUAAAAUCUAAUCAACAUUAUGUAUCAUUCGAUGGUGAUGCUGAUCGAAUUGUUUUCUAUUAUCGAAACGAUCGAGAUGGUAAAUUUCAUCUAUUAGAUGGUGAUAAAAUUUCCGCAUUGGUGGCUAAAUUUUUGCAACAAUUAUUGAAUGAAUCCGGUCUAAACAACAUAGAAAUGAUUGUCGUACAAACAGCUUAUGCAAAUGGAAAUUCAACUAAAUAUAUUAGUGAUACACUUAAAUUGAUCAGUGAUUGUGUACCUACCGGUGUUAAACAUUUACAUCAUCGUGCAUUACAAUCAGAAAUUGGUAUCUAUUUCGAAGCUAAUGGUCAUGGUACGAUUUUGUUUUCGGACAAUGUACAAAAACAGAUUGCCAAAUGUUCGAAUGAAAAUGCCAAAAAACUUUUACAUUUUAUUGAUUUAGUUAAUCAGACUGUUGGCGAUGCAAUAUCCGACAUGUUGAUUGUCGAAGCAAUUUUAGAUAAUUUAAAUCUAACCAUUGAUGAAUGGGAUUCAUUCUAUCAGGAUCUUCCGAAUAAAUUACUGAAAGUGGCUGUUAAAGAUCGUAAUGUAAUUACGACAACUGAUGCUGAACGUAAAUGCGUAAAACCAGAAGGAUUACAAAUGGCAAUCGAUAAGGUGGUGGCCGAAUUUGGUCCACAGGCACGAUCAUUCAUACGACCAUCCGGUACUGAAGAUGUUGUUCGAAUUUAUGCUGAAGCUCAAACAAAAGAAAUGGCCGAUAAUUUGGCUCGAAAAGUUGGAAAUUUAGUCUAUGAUUUUGCCAAUGGAAUUGGAUCAAAAUUUUAAUUUGAAAAUUUACAAUUAAAAAAAAUCAAUUUAUUUUUUUUCAA